GGACAACCCCACCCCGAGAGCUGGCGAUGAUGUCGGAGUCGGUUAGAUAAGGCAGUUCGGUGUCCGACCCGCGAUGGGACUGAGUUCGACUCUCGCCAGGAGGAACCUCCACGUAAUACCCACGCUCGUCUGCCUCAUUACGCCACUCACCUUUAUAAUUACGUACCUCCUGAGCGUCUAUUACCAACAUGUCUACCCUCUCUUUCCUUACAUCAGCGACACAGGCGCAGAAAGUCCUGAAAGUUCUAUCUUCUCUCAGUUCAUCAAUAUCUCUGCGCUACUAUUGGGGGGAUGUGUCUAUAUCAGAGGGCUACAGGUAGCGAAAUUCGCCAACUUCAAAUUCAAAAUAGGUCGUCAUCUGCGCCUCCAUUGCAUUGCAACAUGGAUUGGAUACGGAUCGUGCCUUGGCCUCUCUAUGGUUGCCAAUUUUCAGGUGAACAAAAUGAAAUCGGUACACUACAUGGGAGCUUGCUUGUGUUUCCUAGGCGGAACUAUCUACUUUGUUCUACAGACGAUAUUUUCCUACUACAUGGCGCAGCUCUAUGAUGGAAAAACGAUAUUCAUAUGUAGGUGCGUCCUAUGCAGCUUGUCAACAAUACUCUUGCUGGCAGCCAUAUCAGCUGGCUUUGCACCUGGGCCGGAGAACUCGUUCCAUUGGACGCCGCUGGAUCCAGACUAUUGUUGGCACUUGGUCAGUACCAGUUCAGAAUGGCUCCUCGCUCUGACUCAGAGUCUCAUGGUUCUCACUUUUCUUCCUGAGUUUAAGCCUAUCACUAUUCAGAGGCCGGAAGUACGGAUCGAAGGAAUCAGCCCAGCAGCAGAAGUGCGAGUAGUAACCACUAUUUGAACCAACGCCUUCUUUAUCUGCCGCUAGUCAUCAAGAGUGCCGUUUUAGGCACAACCUUUAUAAUGACAAUUAUCGAUAAGAGAAUGUAUAAAGAGUAUUGACUGACAUUAGAUUUAAUUAUAAAUAUUUGUAUAUAUAUAUAUAAAUUAAUUUAUUUUUUUCAUUAGGAACUUUUUUUAAGUUGUCUUUAUCUUAUCUUUUUUGUGAUAUAUAUAUUUUAUUAAGAUUCAAGAAAUUGUUCCACUAAUGUGAUUUCUAUUUUUUUUUAAAUAUACACUUUUGAGAUUUUCAA